UGGUACUGUCACUGGGAAAGUGCGUUUGUUUAUUUACGUUUCGUGCAAUCUCGGUGUCACAGAUCACGAGAGAGGCCCCUUUGGGCAAUAAAUUUGUGGUGAUAAGAGAACUUCCUGAAGCUACAAGUUAGCUGCGUGACAUGGGUGCGGAGUGCUUGCAGCCGGGAAAGCGUGGCCUCACCGUUUCGGUGGUGGUUCUCGGGUGCGCCUGCCUAACGGUGAUGCUGGGCUACCUGGCGUUCGGUGAUAGUACGGACGAAUCGGGCCUCCGAACGCUUCGCAUGGUGAGCAUACUGUUUCGCCACGGUGAUCGUUCCCCGACCGACUUCUACCCUAACGAUCCGCAUCGGAACCAUGCCUGGACCGGCGGGCUCGGCGCGCUUUCCGAGAAAGGAUCGCAACAAAUGUAUCAACUCGGAAAAUUGCUGCGCCCCCGGUACUAUCGGCUCUUGCCCCCGAAUGGCCUGUACUCGAAAGACCAAAUGACGAUAGUGAGCAGCUAUGCCGAGCGGUGCAUCAUGAGUGCGCAAAGCUUUAUGGCCGGAUUUUUGCCACCCCUCGAGAACACGAAUCCACUGCCCAUUCCAUGGCAGCCAGCAGCGGUGAACGUUUUGCCACGUGAUCGUGAUACGAUCCUGGCGCAAAAGCAACCCUGCCCGCGUUACGAACGAACGCUACAGCGACUGCUUGCCUACCCGCCGAAGGACGUGCGCGAACUGUACGAAAAAAAUGAGGCCCUCUUCCGAACGCUCAGUUUGGCGACCGGGCAGAAUGUUAGCACCAUCCUCGACGUGGAGCUGCUGUACAACACGCUUGAGAUUGAGAAGGCGGCCGGUCUAGAGUUACCCGACUGGACGGAGGACAUUUUCCCCCAAAAGAUGCUCCCGAUUGCCGCGCGCAGUCUAGCGCUGUUCACCGAGGUGCCGCUGAUGCGCAAGAUCAAGGGUGGUGCGAUCGUCGGUGAGCUGCUCGAUAAUGCGUUGCGACGCCGCUCCGGGAUAUUGAUGCCAGAGCGAAACAUUUUCGUUUACGCUGGCCACGACGUUACGCUGGUAAACCUGAUGCGGGCGCUCGGUGUAAUCGAGCAGACGACGGGUAAGCCGGACUUUUCGGCUACGAUCGCCUUCGAGCUUCACCACAGCAUUACGUUUGACGAUGACUACGAGGUAAAGAUCGUGUACUUCUUCAACAGUGAGGACAAGUACCCGAAAGAGAUCGAAAUACCGAACUGCGAGAGCCCGUGUUCCCUGACGCGCUUCGAACAGGUAAUGGAAACGGUUCGGUUGAGGAGCUACGAUGAAACAUGCCAGCUCGUGUAGGGCUCAUUGUAGGGUCAUCACCCCAAAUACCUGCCAAAAAAUGAACCAAUCUUCUCUGAAAAGACAAUCUCGUUAUUUGUUAAGUUUUUGUUAUAACAUUGUUGUCUAGUUAAAUAUUGAACUAAAGUGAAAAAGGCGAGAUCUGUGAAAUAAACCAAAAGUAUCUGGAACAAACACCGGAUGU